AAUAUCUUAUUAUUGUUUACGAAUAUAAACCAACGCAUGGUGUACGCAUUUCUAAGAUGGCUGCCUCCACAGAUUUUUACUUGCGUUAUUAUGUUGGCCACAAAGGCAAAUUUGGGCACGAGUUUCUCGAAUUCGAAUUCCGCCCUGAUGGUAAACUGAGAUAUGCCAACAACUCCAACUACAAAAAUGAUACAAUGAUUAGAAAAGAGGCGUACGUUCACAAGUCAGUGAUGGAGGAGCUGAAGAGGAUCAUAGACGACUCCGAGGUCAUGCAGGAGGAUGACGGGCUGUGGCCACCACCAGACAGGAUUGGCAGACAGGAGCUGGAGAUUGUGAUAGGAGAUGAGCACAUUUCAUUCACCACAUCAAAAAUAGGCUCAUUGGUAGAUGUCAACCAGAGCAAAGACCCGGAUGGUUUGAGGACGUUCUACUACCUGGUGCAGGAUCUCAAGUGCCUGGUGUUCUCUCUCAUUGGACUUCACUUUAAGAUUAAGCCUAUCUAAGACAUGUUGUAUGUGUCAGCUGGUGGGCGUGAGGAGAUGUAUCUGAAAUAAUGCCUGGGAACAUGAGCGAUUUAGAACAUCUAAAUAAGCCUUGUUCUGAGAAAACUGGGUUUAAUGCAUGUGCGUUAAGUGUCCUCACAGAUUACACUGUGCAGUUCACACAGGCUAAUCAGGGACGACACUAUAUGCUUAUGCAUUAAGUCCAGUUUUCUCAAAACAAGGCUCAAAUGUUUGUAAACUUUGAUCCGGUCAAAUUAAUAUCCUUUAUUUAAUACAUAUGUCAAGGUCUAGACCUUUGUUUUCUUUUCUUUCUAAUUUUUGUUUUAUACAUCGAUCAUGAUUUUGAAUUCUUCAUGUCUAGCAAUUAAGUUUAAAAGUUAUAAUUGGUAAAAUCUCAUAAUCCUAUGUAAACUUUGUGUUUGUUCAAUCACAAACUACUUAAUACAUUAGUAGACAAAAUUUAACAAAAAAGUAUUAAACUUUUUUUUAUUUUCUAAUAUUUUUAGUAUUUUCUAAUUUGGUGUCAGUGCAUCAUGAUAUUUUAUUUUUUCAACUAAAAUUUUUCACAGAUAUGUUUGUUUCAAUCAGAACUUUCUGUUUUCAUAUGGACAUAAGUCUAGGCUUGAAAUGGAGAGCAUGUGCUAGAACAGUUCAGUAACCCAUUUGCUAGUUUGCAGUCAUUCAUUUGCAUAUUUCAUUUUCUUCAUUUAAUUCAUUACAUAUUCAUGUUUAGUAUGUCUGAAAUUACUAUGAUGGAUGAUGUGCAAAUAAAGGUUUUGAAAGAAAA